AUGCGUACAAUAGAGUCGUUUGAAGAUUACGUUGAACCUAUCCAAGAGGCGAUCGAUGACUUACUUCUCCCAACAAUAUUCGGUCAAACGGAGCCCCUCCCCAGUGAUCUGCGUCAGCUCCUUACCUUGACACCCGCUCAAGGAGGGCUAGGCGAACCCGACUUACGGUUUGAAGCUCCACAGCAGUUUGCUGCUUCUACGUCAAUAACAGCACCGCACGUAGAUUCUAUUACCACACAGAGCAUGGUCAUGGUGGGAGGCGAGAAUUCCACGGAGGAGUUGAGAAGACAACAUCAAGCCUUGAAAACUGCGUCGGUGAAAUUGAGAAUGGAAAUUAUUGAUUCCACUCUACCCUCGGAUCUGCUGCGGUCAGUUAACCAAUCGAGAGACAAGGGUGCGAGCUCAUGGCUUACCGGAGUGCCUCUCGUCGAUCAAGGCUUUGUGCUGAAUAAACAAGAACUCAGAGACUCGCUGCGUUUAAGGUAUAAAAUGCCCCUGUCCGACUUACCAAGCAAGCGUGUUUGUGGUGAGAAGUAUACCGUCUGCCAUGCUCUGUCAUGCAAAAAGGGAGGGUUCGUAGCGCAGAGACGCGAUGGUGUUCGCAAAAUACUUACCUCACUUAUUGGUGAGGUUUGCAUCAACGUUGAGGUCGAACCACAACUACAACCUCUCGAUAAUGAGUGAUUCAACCUCAGAAGCGCGGUAACAAGUCCAGUCAAGACUGGACUUUAAGGCAGGGGGCUUUUGGUCUCGUGGAGUUACAGCAUUUUUUGAUGUCAGAGUAACGCAUGUAAACACGAUAUGAACUCUCUUCCCUUUCAAUAAGAACUGACAUUUCCAAAUUUGUAUUGCUAAAUAUCAGCGUGCAAAGAAAGUACUGUCCGAUAGCCCGGGGCUAGUGGAUUUUGCUAUCGGGCUAGUGAAUUCUGUUUUUAACUUGCCCGACGGGCAAGUGAGGUUUUUUGAGGAAUUUGAAUAACAGAAGAACUGUGAAAUCCAUUCUGCUAGUCAAAAAGCUUUUGGGGCUAGUUGAAAUGACGUCUGGGCUAGUAAACGCUAGCUUCAGCUUGCCCGAAUGGCAAGCAGUAAAAAUGAUUUUCUUUGCACCCUGAAUAUAUAUACUCCUAUAAAAAAAAAACAGUUGGUAUAAAAAUGCCAAAACUCUAUUUCCCGUUUCACUCACUUUCCUAAAAGCCAAUGGAAAUAUAUCCCUCGCGAAACAUUAACUUGCCGUUCCUAAAAGUUAAAAAGAGUACACCCACAAAUAAUCGAUCUUAUGACUUUUUUGGCUACAGUUUCGUCUCCCUUAUCUUACAGGUCAAAGAGACAAACCCCGCGCGAGUCAAAAAUAGGAUUUCUUUCUUUCUCAUAAACUAAACAACUUGAGCUUAUCUCAAGAUAUCUCGAAAAACUUCCGCUCUAACUUUAGCAACAAACUGCAAGUUAACAACAACGUCGCAAAACCUUUGAUAGGUACUUUAAGAUCGAACGACCCGAACGCAACAAGAAAGUCGCGUAAGAAAGAAAGUCUCGUGUUGAAAAUAUUUCACUCGUUCGCUGCGCUCACUCGUGAAAUAUUUUUCAACACUCGAAGAGAAAUUUCGUAUCUCCGCGCGGCCAUAUAAUAUCCUCUAUAUAUUAAAAAUAAGGUUUUAUGGGUCAAUUAGGGUGGCAGAAAGUUCUAAUGAUAGACAGGGCGAUUGCGAUAGAGAGAGCAAUCAGAAAAAUUCUCACUUUCGUAAAACGUUAGAUUACUCCUAAAAUUUCCGGACCAUUGCCCGACCAGUCAGUUGAAAAUGAAAUAGGCCUUUUCAAAGAGUUUUUACUGAAAAACGUUCUCCUUCGUGCAUACUAUUCAGGAUUUGACUGAUCUGGCUGGAGAGUUUUGAUUAAAAGGGAAAUUUUCAUUGCGACGGGAAUGGUCUGGCCGGUCAGUUCUGACAAAUGGAAAGCGCCCUAAGUUCCCCUAGGAUGACCGAACAGAUAAAAAUUUUGUAGCGCCGCCUUAAAUGCAUUUCUAGAUAUCUAAAAGUACUCUAGAUAGCCUUAAAAGUGCUUUCAUCGUAUUUUGGAGGAAACCGUGUAUUCGGAGCCUAUGAAUGGUUAGCAAUAUCUUUCGCUAGGAGACCUAGAACAAAAUGAAUUUUUCUCCAAAAGUAAAUCUUGCGGUUUUCUCGUGCCUUAACGAAUAAUUAUUGUCACGUGACCAAAAAUGGAAAAUGAAAAAAAUUGGCGAAUUGGUGGCGAAUUUACUUUGUUUGAACAAACAAAUUAGUAUUUCUGAAAGAGGGUAAGCAUACCUAACUUUCUACGUUUGGAAUGAAUUCAGCUGAGGUUUAAAAUUAAAGUCUUGAAAAAUUCAAGAUUAAAUUUGGGCAUUUAAAAUGAUGUUUUUCCUCAUUAUUUUUCCUUGAAGUGCAAUGGAGGGUCAUUCCACACGUGAAGUGUUAGAAAUAUUUAAUAUGCAUAAGAAAAACGUAAUAGCUCGAUUUCUUUUUUUAAACCGGCCACCAAUCGGUCAAUAAUUUACAAUUUUUAGCGAAAUGGUCACGUGACAUAUCACGUGACUGAUUACCACAAUAUUUAUACUUUGAAAUGUUAAGGAUGAUGAGUUCUUUAUGUGUGCCAAAUUUUGAUUCAGCACCAUCAUCAAUGCCGAAGUUAUAGCCAAUAAAUCAUUUUCCACAGGUAAACCCCUUAGUCCCAGGUCUUAAACUACUUGAGGUAUUGGACUCCCGUGCUUCGGAGUGCGAGAAUUCAAACGGUUCUCAGACAUUUUCAUAGCUCCAGUUUUCGCGUACAGUAUACGUCAUUUCUUGUUUUUUUUUCUCUUUAGGUAUAGACUUUAAGAUAAGAACAAUUGAGAUUCAAGGAAAGAAGAUAAAGUUGCAGUUGUGGUAUGCUAGUUUCAAGUGACCUUUUAGCACUGGCUUUUUUGGUUGCUGGCCUAAGUUGUGGCUCUUUUACCGCUUCCUCUAACGGUACAUAUUUUUCCGUUACAGUUAACAAAGGUUAAAAAGUAAUUUCUUAUGUUAUAAACAGUUGAAUAGUAAUAAGCAUUUAUCCUUUAUACUUUUAAUGCAAAACCACCUCGAUAUUUCCCUGUAUGCUAGCAAGAGGCCUCUUUUCCCUGAUAUUCGUCGGCGGGCGGCGGUUGGAGGGAGGGGAGGGGGGAAAGCCCGCCGAAUACCAGGAAGAGAGGCCUCUGCUAACUGGGAAUCUCGGGAAGAAAUAAGUUAUUAUUUUAACACCUGCUGUAUUAUUAGUUGGAGCAUACUAUUAAAGCUUGGAAUUAACGACAGAGUGACACUAAAAACUAAAAAUAACAAAAUUCUAGGGUCCAGUUACUAUUUACAAUAGCGAAGAACCCGCUGCCUUGUCCCUAGGCCUCAUUAUUCUGCGCGGCCAAUGCGUUUCGGGUCACGUGGUCUGAGCUAGUAAAUACACCACCGAAAUGCCUUGACCGAGAAGUGCCUUGGAAGACGCCGUACAGGGGCUAGGUAUGGCAAUGUCUGGACUUGCUACAAGUCAACCUCUCACAAGUACUAAAAAGCGAGCAACCAGGUGAAAACGGACUUUUAGAUAGUGUAGGCAAUGUCUACCGUAGCGUCAGAGAAAAACAGGGAAUUGUCGUUCAUCGGCAACGUGUUUUAUAAACAGUGACAUCUCUGCGUUUUGUUUCAUAGCACACGACCUCCUGAAAAUCGCAAAUGUAAGUCCCCAACAAGAAAAUCAUAUUUUCACUAUGGAAAAAAUUAGUUCUCGCAAGCACGUUUCUACGGGAGUUUUAUUUUGCGAUCCGCAAGAUAAAACUCUCACAAAAACUUCAUGCCACCCGGUAUCUUAGUAAAGAAUUCAAUAAAAGUUUAAGGGUACUUACUGUUCAGCUGGCUUUCACCAUCAAGCAACAGGGGUAGUUCCCGAUCUAGCUGUCGCUGGGUCGAUAAAGAAUAAUUUUCUGUUUUGCCGCUGAUUUUGGCGAGGCUUAACAGUUGUUGGACCGAAGUUCCUGGCUUGCUCGUUUAGGCCAAGAAACCCAUAACUUUUUUCUUGAAUGUUGAAAGUAUCCGAUACUCCUAGUGUCACGCCUUGUGGAGGGGCGGGCCUUUCGAUUGGCCUUUUAUCACCCGUUGUAAAAAUACUAACCACAGCUUUCAUUACUGACAUCGAUUAGCUCAUAUGUACUUUGGAUGGCGAAAUUGGAGAGCUAAUUAACAAUUAUUCCAAAAGCCCAAAUGGGCUCUGAGUCACUCGGCCUCAUGGGCUAUUGACUCAGAGGCUAUGAGGGCGAGAGGAAUAAUUGUUUUAGUAAAAUCCAAGUAGUUGGUCAAAAAUAUCGAGACAAAACAACUUAAAGAAUGACUUUAAUCCUUUUUUGCCGCCAAAAAUCCGGCGCUUUUCGCUAUAAGUGGGCUAUAACAUAUAGCCUAGUAGUAGUAGCUAUUUAGCUUCGUCCAACUAGAAAAACAAUGUUUAUGUACAUAAUAUUAUUAGGCAGGGAGACCGCUAUAGCCCAGUCAAUUACAGAGGAUUCCACGUUAAAAAAAAAAAAAAGAUAAAAAGAUAAUAUAAAAUGUAUAACUGAUGACUAAAGCUACUAAUAGACAAAAAAAUACAAAGGCGGAAGUUGUAAUUGCUAAAAGCAGCACGACAGAAGGUGCAAGGGAGUCCUCGCUAUAUUGCACCUGGGACAGAUUGUUCUCCACGAUCUGAUGUCAUCAGCGUCGUAUGGAUCUAGAGCCUUAUUGUACUAUUGGAGUAGUAAACGUUUAAUAGAAGCCAGAGAAAUGUGAUUUGUGCGUAACUCAGGGUGCAGAACAUUUCAAGAGCGGCACGCGCGUAUGAAAAAUGAGCGUUGAUAAGUAUCAGUUCUACUUUGCUUAGGCCCCAUAAGUAAUAGCAUUGCCACUCGAUGACUUGGUAAAUCUCGUUUUUAAAAUUGUUUAGUAACCUGUGAUCAGACGUUUUUUUUUUUUUUAGAAGGAUAAUAGUGAGAGGGCAUGAUCUCAGGCUAGUAACAAGGAGAGCAAAUCUCAAGACGUGUCUUAUUUUGGACAAAAUGUGUCGUCCAUUACGGCACAUGUUAUAAGUUUGCGUCUUAUUUUUCGACGCAAAUAGGAUCCCUUUUUUAUUAAAGACAAAGUGUUGUUGCUCUUGUAGGGAUACAGCCGGCCAAGAACGCUUUCGCACAAUAACAACGUCAGAUUUUAGAGGAGCGGUGGUAAGUUAAAGCGCUAACUUUUUGAGAUAUUCAGCUUCUUUUCUUCCAAGAGAAGCGAGUCUUACCUGUCAAAUUAUAAAAACAAAAAGUAGCAUUCAAAAGGAACGUUUAAGGAGUACAUAUUGGAAGGAUAAUUCGUAAACACCUUACCAAGAAUCAUUUUAAAGUAAAGCUUAGAAGUUAGAAUAAAGAUAACAUCUUAUCUUGACUUAUCUAACACGUAUCAAUUUGAUACCGUUUCAAUUCAGCAGCAGUCUUAAUUCAACCAAUGUUUUAAAAUAUAUUUCUGAUUUUUACAGGGUUUUGUGGUUGUAUAUGAUAUAACCCAAGAGGAGACCUUUGACAACGUUUUAAAGUGGCUAUGGAACAUUGAAGAGGUACAGUUAAGGCUCUCGUAACCUUGGCAAUCCAAAUAGGGUUUCAUUCUUAGGCCAAACGUCGAACUUUUCAUGAGACGAUUUAUAAUAUAAUUUAGGUCGACCUAACCUAAGUUAAGUCGUCUGUUGGGUCAGACGUCGAACUUAAGACGCUUUGAACCAAUCAACUGAAUCAGACCAAAAAGUAAUUUCAAUAAAUUUGUUCCCGAACAAGGCUUAAUAUAUCUUGUCAUACAAUUUUUUUUAAAAAUAUUAUUUUUUUAGUUAGUCCAGGGUUACCGUUCAAAACCACUUAAACAAAGCCUUGUUAAACGUAUUUUAGUAUUUAAACGGUAGAUAUGGGCAUAUUUUUAUCCCCUAAAAAUUUUUCAUCUGUUCGAAUUUCCUAGCUGAAAUUCUAGUGAUCCGAAAAUUAUGGGCAUCAGAACUUACCUUUUCGAAACUUUCAGCCAGAAAAGAGGCUCCCGAAAAUUCUAGGUGACCUUUUAAGGGUAAAAAUGCGUUAAAAAUGGGCAAUUAUACCAUUUUUUUAGAUGUUCGAAAUCCUAGGAGAGGCAGGCAAGCAAGGACAUUUUACAACAAAUGCUCCGAAAAUUCUAGAUCUCAAAUCGUCUUCCGAACAGAUACUUUCCGAAAAUUGUCGUUGGGUGCCCCUGUUAGUCGCAUGUGAAGAUCGACCGUUUGUCCCAGAGACGAUCUUCAGACGUUCUAUCCGUCUGGAGAAGACAGAUAGAAUGUGUUGCCUGUUGGACUCAUUCAGACGAACUUAACUGAACCAGACGUCGAACGUUUCAUGAACUUAGGCCCAGUUCAGACGCCGCUCCACUCAUGUGCCGAACAUAACUGAUGAAUUAAGUACGGCAAAAGAGUGGCGUCUGAAUCAAUUUGGUACGGCAGUUUUAGUUUGGUGCGGCAAAAGCGUUAAGUUCGACAGAGUCUGUCGAACUUUUGUCGAACUUAAGUUAGGUUCGACACACGGUACGCCGUCUGAAUCAGAUGUCGCGCCAGUGUCGCUCCAAAGUCGAACUUAUUUAGUUAAGUUCGGCACAUGAAAAGUACGGCGUCUGAACCAGGCCUUAACCGACUAGGUUUGGUUCGUCUCAUGAAAAGUUCGACGUUUGACCUAAGCCUUAGGAGAGUAAAUUUAAAGUCACCUCAUUACUGCAUGCCGACGAUUCCGUCGUAGCCAGCUGGCAUGAUUACUAAUUUCAUAUAGUAAACUUUCAAGAUCGCUCGCAGAACCUGAUAGAUCAUCAUCAUCAUCACAUAAUCUAGUAAGAACGUCAGCAAGAUUGCAAAUUUUUCCGUAAUGCUGAGGCUUCUUGUACUUAAGUGAAUUGCUGAAAAUUGAGGUUUGACAACACCAUACAACCCGUUAAUUUCGUCAAUCGUCUAAAAAUCCCAUGUCGGAGAUGAUCGCUCUUAGUAAUGGUAAUUUUAAAAUCGGGAUCAGAAGACUCACGAACCAUUUGCAUAAAGCUAUAGCAUAUCAAACAUUAGAAGUAAAUGAGUCAGAUUAAAAAUGUUACUGUAGAUUUACUGCUCAAACAUCUCAAGCUUGAUAUAGCUCACCGUCAAUGUAUGAUAGCUUGCCACGAUGAAAUCUAGGUCUUUUUCCGUUUUCAAAUACGCUGCUUCUUUUACAUCAGAUCUCAAUUGUUUCUUUUUUUGACGGUCUUCCUAUAUAUAUUGGAUCGCCUCCGAAACACGCACACGGUCACAUAGGUCUCCAGUCUUCUUGAUUAAUCUCAACUCUAUCCUCCCCGCAGACUUCUUUAGGGUUCGUUCGUCACGCAUUCAUUUCUCCCCCAAGGACCGUCCGUGGGGGAGAAAUGAAUGCGUAACGAACGAACCCCAAAGGACGUCUGCGGGGAGGCUAUCUCCACUCCGGAAGGUAUAAAAAACUUGGCCAAAACUGGUCUGGGAGAGCCAUCGUCUUCAGUUGCUCUGGUCUUGUGGGCCUUCUCGAAGUUUGGUUGCAUUUGAAGAUCUUUCUAUCAUACAGCGUAUCACGGAGCUCCACAAUACAAUUCUCGCCUGUGGACGCUGGGACAUUAUAAAAUCUCAGAUUGUAAUCCGUAGAAUGUCUCUCUGGCAGGGACCGCGGAGGGGGAGGGGCUGGUAGGGUUAUAGCCCUACCACUUCUAUUGCUGGGAUUUAUUUCAUAGAACUCCAGUUGACAUGGAAAAAAUUUCCGUGCAAUUAUUGGACUUUGCCCUAUGGAAGAGUGGGAUGUUUGCUUGUCAGAACGAUUACAACCCGAUGUGCCUGCAAGGAUAAUAAGAUGUAAGGCCCAAAUGGAGUGAUUUGACUUUUUUCUCUGCUUUGCAUCUUGGAGAGUACCUUUAUUGCCACACCGAUAAUCUAUCUAAGGAUCUUCAGGGUACUAAGAUGGCUGCUGUCAGUGGACAACGCCUGGCAGAUCUAACAAAGGAGACGCUCACGAAAAUUCGCAUUGAUCAAAGCUUCGACCAUUUCUAUGCUAAUGUUGCCCGCAAGAGUGAAGGCCUGCUUGGAGAACCAACGCUUCCAAGAAAACGACACACUCCGGCCAGACAGACGGUUGGUGCUGGUGCACCAAGCUACCCCCAAACUGCUAAAGAUCACUUUGUACGGGCCUAUUAUGAGGCUAUUGAUCUUAUCGUCAACGCUAUCUAUCAGCGCAUUAAUCAGGAAAGCUUCAGCUCUUAAGCCCAGAUGGAGACCCUCUUGCUUAAAGCUGCUAUAGCUAAUGGUGACUACUAUGAGGCAGAGUUCAGUUUCUUGAAGCCGAAGCAUAAUACAGGGAAUUGAAGAUUUUGCGAUACAGGGGCGCUACCUAGGCAACUAAGUACUAUGGAAGAAAGAGAAGAUAUCAUGUUUUGACGAAAUCCUGUUGGCGGUGUUAAAGUUUCCAGAGCCAGAAAAGAAGCUAAUUCAGGAAGUCAGUUAAACUAUCUGUAAGCUGCUUGCUGUAAAUCCUAUUACCAGCGCUGCUGGCGAGGGUUCAUUUUCAUCCGUACGUACGGCGUCUGAAGAUGUGGCGUCAAUCCAGGAUAGGUGAUGAGAGGUUUAGCAACCUAGUAGUAACGUUGAAUGGUUACAAGCUGAGAACAGACAGUGUCUCUAUAGCUGAUGUCGCACAGGAGUUUGUUUCCAGCAACGAGGACUGCAAGAGAAAUUUCGGCACUGCUGACAACUUUAAAGUAGCAAUUUUAGGAAGGUUUAUUCAACAUAUUGGCUAUACUGGAUGCUAUAACACGUGACGACGUUUAUGUUAUAUUUGUUGAGGCUGUAAAUAAGAUGGCGCGCAAAUGCUAGACUGCGAGCAGUCUCUCUUUUUCUUCAGAUUUCAAGGGGGAGUGCACGCGCCUGUGAGCGUGUCUUGGGCGUUUUGCUCGACGGACCAAGAGAAAAGAAAGACUGCUAGUAGUCUACGCAAAUGCAAGAUAAAUGGCGAAACACUGAACUUAAUGUUUCUUUGUAUUGGCAAGAUUUUUUAGCCCUACCACUUAAAAAUGGUCUCCGCGGUCCCUGUCUGGUAAUAAUCAUAACAUUUUCUCGAGUUUUCCUAGCUUUACUGUCAAACUGUAUUGUAAAAUCAUGUAUGAAAUGUCUGUAUUCACCCUCGAGUAUGGUAAAUUGUAGAUCCUGAUAGACGAGAGGUAGAUCCUAUAAAGCUUUAUUUUGUAAAAAGAUAAAGACGAAGGCCAAAAGCAUGAAAUAACACAGCCAGGAGAAAGGACGGACAGAAUCUGAGAAUGGCCAGCUCAGCGAUAAAACCCACUGCAGUACGAAAACAGCUGCAAGUUUUAUUCCCUCGCCGAAUUCAAACAACUCCGUACGUUCGACAUCACAAGGUCACCCCUUAGUACCACUGGACACCCAAGUACCACAUAAGGAGUUGCGUUCUCCUAAUGUCGAACGUAAAGAAAACUAAGCGUUGCAAAUUUUAUUUAUCCUUUUUAGAACACUAGUGUUUUUUAUGGGCAGAGAAUGUCUUCACCCUUUCACCCUUUAUUUCUUUAUACCCUUUUGCCAUUCUAUUUCAGCACGCAAGUGAAGGUAUAAAAGAAAAGAUGAUCCUUGGUAACAAUUGUCAUAUGGAUAAUAAAAGAGUUGUCAGCCGGGAACGCGGAGAGCAGGUAGGUUUAAUUGAAGUGUAAGACAUUUCACAUUAACCCUUUAAGUGCCGAUAGUGACCAACAUCAAUUUUCUCCUAACAAUAUCCAGUAAUUGUCAAGAGAUACAGUUAUGAGAAUUAACAAAUGACCACCAAAGAGAAAAUACCUUGAUCUGUUAUUAAAUUCUCUCAACUGAUUCUUAAAGGAAAUGUAUGGAGAUCAGUUUGGAGAAUUUGUAUGUUGAUAUUGGGACUUAAAAGGUUAAGGGCCUCUUCACGUGAGCCCGGUUGACCGGGCUCAGUGGCCGCCCUCCCCGGAUCCGACACUGGGGCUGGCCCUCUUACCGCUGGACGAAUUUCGCCUUUGGGUUCAUAUGAGAAAUUUCAGCCCGGUUUCCGAGAUGAAAAAAGGCCAAAGAUCCUGAUGACGAGUUCUGGCGCCAAAUUCGAGAAACAAAGGUGAAACAUGGAGAAUCACAAAAAUUAUAACUUUCGCGCCUAUCAUAGCUUCGGCAACUCUUAAAACUGUAUCACUGCAGUUAAAUGGGAUGCUUAUGAUGGCAAAAUACAGCAGGCAAUUCAAGACGAUACCAUCCAGACCGCCAGAAUUCAUCCCGCUUUCAUCCUGGUAACCGGGCAGAAGUGUUCAUAUGGCACGAUUUCCAGCCCGCUUACCGAGAUCUCGGGAACCGAGCCAGCCCGCCCUCUAAUAUGAACACAUCGAAGACUUAACAAAGGAUUGAUUUAUAGGUAAGGCGAAAUCUCGGAAACCGGGCCAGCCGGUCAACCUGGCUCAUAUGAAGAGGCCCUAUGUCCACCAAUCAGAUGCAACUAUAUAAUAUUUGGUACCCUAAAUGUAUGGUAAAAAGCGCAAAAAAAGAAAAAAAAAAAAAAUAAAAACAUUUCACUUGUCUUGCAACAUUGCAGCAAAACGAGUUCAAUGCGACUUUGCGCGUUUUUAAUACCUCCCACAUCAAACCUAUUUUGUAACAAAUCAGGUUGUUAACAGGUUUGGACGUGGGUGGUAAAACGCCCAAACGCUUUUCCACUCCAGUUUUGCUAGCCUGAAUUUCAUCCCAUUACUUCCAGUCGUUAUUACGUUGCUGAGAGGAGAAAACGACUCGAAGCAAUCGGGAGAAAUUAAGGCUACCGUUUUGCAUCAUUGUUGCAAAACGAGUUGCGCGUUUUUUGUUGCCCGUUUUACCGAACUGAAAGGCAAUCUGACCACCAGUCAAGUUGUUUCGACACAUUUACUUUCUUGCUGCAGUUUCUGAAUCUCAGGUACAUUCCCCUUCAUUGUUCCUUUUCCUUCUGUUUUUUUUCCAUGUAUUUAUUCAUCCUUAUUGUACUUACUUGUGGGUGCCCAUGUUAUUGUGAUGUUGGGAAGACAAGUGGAUGUCAUUCUUAAAAGCCGAAAUAACCAUAAUUUAAUAGCAAUAAAAAUGUGGAGAAAAGUUUUGAUACCUGUUUUUUUCUUCCUUCUUUGCUUUAGCUGGCCAAAGAGCACGGCGCCCAGUUCUUUGAAGUAAGUGCCGAAAAGAACAUCAACAUCGAGGAAGCCUUCUACAACCUUGCUGAAAAAAUACUUGAGAAGAAACUGUCCACGGACAAUGAGGAAACUUCUCAAAACAUACGCGUCAGUGAUACCGAAGAGAAAAAAGGGAGGUGUUUUUAA